AUGGCCGCCAAUUUGAGUCCAAGAGCCCAAACAUUCUGCAACUGCAAAGCACCACGUCCACCUCCUUCACCAUUUAUCAAACACCAUUCAUCUCAACCAGAAACCGCCGCCAAAAACAGCAAUCACAAGGCUACGGUUGGUAGAAGCAAUGGCCAUGCCCAAUUAUCCAAAUCAAAAUCAUCAUCUACCAAAACUAAGAGAGCCCGAACCAUGGCCAGACUGAUUAAUGCCAGGCCCUGGUCAACCGAUCUUCAAGCCUCACUCGCCCAAUCCUCACUUUCCCAAACCACCGUCCUUCAAACUCUGCGCCUCAUCACAACCCCUGCCAAAGCCCUCCAUUUCUUCCACUGGGCUUACAAAUCGGGAUUCACCCACACUCCUCAAUCCUACUUCCUCAUGCUUGAGCUCCUUUGCCAGGCAAGAAACUUCAACUCCGCCCGGAACUUUCUCUUAUCCAUUCCGAGAAAGUCUAAUGGGGCUGUCCAGCUGGAGGAUAAGCACUUUAACUGUUUGAUUCGCGCCUUUGGCGAAGCUGGGCUCUUUAAAGAAUCCCUGAAGAUAUUCAAAACCAUGAAGUCCAUUGGGGUUUCACCCUCUGUUAUUACGUUCAAUCAUUUAUUUUCAAUUUUGCUCAAGAGGGGCAGAACCGGCAUGGUCUUCGAACUGUUUGAUGAAAUGCUUGAGACGUAUGGCGUGGAGCCUGAUUUGUAUAGUUUCAAUAUUUUGAUAAGAGGGUUUUGUAAGAACUCUAUGGUUGAUGAAGGAUUUAGGUUCUUUAAGAAAAUGGAGAAGUUUAACUGCCAGCCGGAUGUAAUUACGUAUAAUACGAUCAUUGACGGUCUGUGUAAAGACGGUAGAGUGAAGAUUGCGCAUAAUGUCAUGAAGGGUAUGCUUAAUAAAGGUCCAAAUUUGAGUCCUAAUAUUGUUACGUACACUACUUUGAUCAGAGGGUAUUGUGAGAAGCUGGAGAUUGAUGAAGCUUUAGACGUUUUUGAGGAGAUAGCCUGUCGAGGGCUGAAACCGAAUGAGAUUACUUAUAACACCCUUGUGCAAGGACUAUGUGAGGCGCGUAUGCUUAAUAAGGUAAAAGAGAUAUUGGAUGGUUGCGAUGGAGAGAAUGGAGGAUUUGUUCCUGAUACGUGUACUUUUAAUACUCUGAUGAAUGCACAUUGCAGCGACGGAAAUUUAGAUGGGGUAUUCAAAAUUUUUCAGAAGAUGUCAGAGUUGAAGGUUCACCCUGAUUCAGCAACAUAUAGUAUGUUGAUUCGGAGUUUCUGUGAGAAAGGGAAUUUUGAGAAGGCAGAGGGAUUGUUUCGAGAGUUAUAUGAGAAGGAGAUCUUACUGCAUGAUGCAGGGUGUACACCUCUAGUUGCAUCAUACAACCCCAUGUUCCGGUAUUUGACUGAAAGUGGCAAGACAGAGAUGGCUGAGAAAGUGUUCAAGCAGCUAUUGAAAAGGGGAAGACAGGAUGCUUCUGCUUUUAAAACAAUUAUGAUGGGCCAUUGCAGAGAAGGUACCGUUAAGGCUGCUUUUGAAAUCUUGGUUUUGAUGUUGAGGCGAGAUUUUGUACCCGAUUUUGAGACUUAUGAAUCCCUAAUUGAGGGCCUUUUGGAGAAGGAUGAACCGAUUCUUGCUCAUGAGACUUUAGAGAAGAUGUUGAAGAGCUCUCAUCUUCCUAGAACGUCUAUUUUCCAUCGAACUCUAGCUCGGCUUGUUAGUAAGGGUUGUGCUCAUGAAUCCUUCAGCAUGGUGAUGUUAAUGUUAGAGAAAAAGAUCAGACACAAUCUGAAUAUAGCAACAGAUACUGUAAUAGUGUUAUUUAAAGCUGGCAUGCGGGAUAAAGCUUUUGAGGUCGUUAGAUGUCUCUAUGAAUAUGGGUAUAUAAUUAAUAUGGAAGAGUUAAUUAUUUUCCUCUGCAAGCAGAGAAAGCUAUUAGAGGCUCGUGAGAUGUUGCUUUUUGGCACAAAGAGUGGUCAGAGAGUUGAUUUGGGUGUGUGCAACACAGUUUUAAAUGGUCUGUGUAAGAUCAAAAGAGUAAAUGAGGCAUUCGAACUUUACUAUGAAUUGUUAGAGCAAGGAAUUCAACAGCCUUUAAGCUGUCUUCAAGAGUUAAGAGUAGCUCUUGAAGCUGAAGGAAGAUCAAAAGAAGCUGAGUUUGUUUCUAAGAGAAUGCUUAACCAGCAUCCGUUGAAUGGACCAAUGUCGAACUCAAAGGCCUCGGGAAAAAUCCCACACACUAGUAGAUAAUACUACGCAUCAGCAAUUUCUUGUACUAGUUUCCAGCAUUUGUUUUCUGGCAAUGUGGAACUAAAUCUGCCAAUCAACUGCAAUACA